AAACAUUUUUCGGCAGCUCUUAUUAUGAUGCAACUAACGUCAAAUGGUUUUGGCGCUCUCUCGAAUUUUGUUUACAUUUUAUUGUGAAAUAAUAAUGUUCGUGCGCUGUUGAUUGUAUAUAUCAUCUGGAAAACAUAUUUUUGAAUUUGUAACAAAAUAAGCAAUGGCCACAACAAAGGAAGCAACUGUCAUUCUAUUCGAUGUUGGAAAACCAACCGGAGAAUCCGUUCGACCGGGACAGCCAACUUUUUUCGAGCAAGCCAAGGAGUGUCUGGCUAAAAUUCUACAAAGAAAGAUUUUCACUACGCCGAAAGAUGAAAUCGGCUUAAUUCUCAUCGGAACUGAUGACACGAACAAUGUUCUCAAUGACAGCGAAGACACCCUCGGAGACUAUGAACACAUCAGCGUUGCAUUCGAUUUGGAAAUGACAAAUUGGCAAAUGCUAAAAAUCCUUGAGCGAGAAAUUGUUGGACCAAGCAACAGUGAAGGUGAUUGGCUGAGUGCGCUGAUCGUUGCAAUGGACUUUCUGAAGGGACAAAUGCUUGGCAAGAAAUUCAAAAGCUCCAAGAUCAUUUUGAUGUCGCCGUUCGCGUCGAUCGUGAAUACAGAGAACAUUGAUAUUGUGAUGGAAGGUCUCCGGAAAAUAGAAACGGAAAUUGUUGUGAUCACCUGCAACGUGGAAUAUUAUUCCAAUCCAGACAAACUAGACGAAAAUGACGAAAUGGUCAUAUUCAGCCAAACAGGUAACAAGUCCAAGCAUCAGAAGGCUGGCGAAAAAUUGGCCUUUGAUCUGAUUCAACAAACGGAUGGAAUUCUAUGUUCGUUCGAAGAGGCAAUGGUCCAGUUGGUGUAUUACGAGAAACAGAAUCAGAAGUCAAUGCCAUGGAACUGUGAAUUACAGAUCGGAUCGAAGUUGGAGAUCAAAACGUCGGUUUAUGUUUAUACGAAGGACGUAUCGAGCAUGAUAUCGUGGAAGACUGAAAGUGUCGAUGGUCCGUGUAAAAUGGAAACCGAAUAUUUCGUACAAAACAUUGAAUUGAAACCGGUUGAAAAGGAAGAAUUGAUCAGAGGUCAUAUGUACGGUACCACACCGGUACCCUUCGAUCAGUCGCUGGGAUUGAAAUUCGAUGCUGGGCCCAAAAACUUUCGCUGCAUCGGCUUCACCAAUCGCAACAACAUACACGAUCAGCAUUUAUGCGGUACGGGCGUCUGGCUGGUAAAGGCACAGAAAGACGCAGCUGCAUCGGAGAAAUUAUUUGUUGCACUGGUGAAUGUCAUGAAAUCGUCGGAAUUGGCGUUGGUGGCUCGUUACGUCUAUCGCAGUGGAUUGAAAGCGAAAAUAAUGGUAUUGGUACCGCAUCCGGACACCGAGAAAAAUCAGUACAAGAAAAAUGCCAGCCUGCUGAUGAUGGAAGUGCAUUUUGCUGACGAUCAAGUAAAAAUGGAAUUUCCGCCACUGCGUACGACAAAGGAUACUCCAAGUCAGGAGCAGUACGACGCUGUUGAAGGUUUGAUAGAUUCAAUGGAUUUGAUGGAUGCGUAUGAUGGUGACGGAGACUGUAAUGAGGCUUUCGCGCACAAAAAACUUUUGAAUCCGACCAUUCAGUAUACUUACAGAGCGUUGGCUCACAGAGCAUUGCAUCCAACUCAACCCGUUCCGUUACCAGAUCAGGAUCUAAUGGACCUACUGGACAUACCUGAGAAGAUAAAACAAAAUUCCAGCGAACACGUUGCCAAAGUGAAGGAACUCUUCCCCCUGGAACCGAUUGUGAAGCCGACCAAAAAGUUACUGUUCCAAAUGUUGCAGCACAACGCGACUGCCGCUGCCAGUGCAGACGAUGUUCAACCGACAGCAGUCGACGAACCACAAUCCACAUUGAUCGAAGUUGGUACGAUCACACCCGACGAAGAUUUCAUGCACCUACUGCUUCGCGGUGAAAAAUUCGCCACCGUAAGCAAUCAAAUGCAAAACGUUCUCCACAAUUUGGUGUUCAAAACGUUGCAACUGCAAACGGAAAAAUUUGGUCGGGCCGUUAUGAUGUAUCGCGAACAGGCGAUUGUGAUGGGUGCAUUCCGGUACAACGAAUGGGUGACGGAAUUUAAGAAAAUUUUGCUCGAAAGAGGUAAAGUGGAUGUGUGGCAGACCAUUUUUGUGAAUGAGAAAUUCGGUUUGAUAUCGGCUAAAGAGACGGAAAUGAGCACCGUUACUGAUGAGGAAGUGGAGGAGUUCUACAAGAACGAAUGUUCAGAUACGAACAAGCCAGCAGAUGACAUGAUGGAUGAUGAUUUGGACGAGUUAUUAGCUAACAUGUAAAUGAUUGGAUGGUGUGGCUGUGUAAUGUUAAUACAAUAAAUCGUUUGGUUAUCAAUUUUUGCUUCA